AUGGAACAUCAACUUUUAUUGCUUACACGUGGUUUCUACACAGUGAAAACCUCAUAUGGCAUCAGGAUUGUGGCUCUCAACACCAACUUUUACUACACCCCAAACAAAUUGGUGUCCCCCGAAGGUGACCCUGCUGGCCAGUUCGCUUGGCUGACUGAAACGCUUGGAAAUGCUAAGGAUCAGAAUGAAAAGGUGAUCGUUACUGCCCAUAUUUCACCCGGCGUUACUGAUAUCCCAUUAUUUCCCGAUCAAAAUGACAAACUUGUAAAAAUACUGAGACAAUAUGCUGAUAUUAUUGUUGCUAUGCAUUUUGGCCACGAACAUACUGAUGCAUUCAAAGUAUUGAAAAACACUGCAGGUGUCCCGACUGCGCCAAUUUUUCUCGCGCCGUCGAUAGCGCCCCUACGAUUUGGUCCAAUGAAAAACCCAGGUGUAAGACUGGUGAAGUACGACCGAGUCACCGGCAAGCAUGUUGAUAUCUCCCAAUACUACCUUGACCUCAAUGCUGCCAACAGAGCUGGAGUGGCAGACUGGAAGCUUGAAUAUACGGCAUCAGAUGCAUACAACAUACAAGACCUAACAGCUUCAAGUCUUGCCGCUUUAAUUGAUAGAAUGAAAGAUUCAGACAGCACCGAGUUUAAGACUUACAGGAAGUUUUACUAUGUGAGUCCGCCUGAAGAUCUUAUCGAGGAUUGUGACUGGAAAUGUCAUGCUUUUAUCUUUUGUGGAUUUACAGAGUUCAACUUAGAUGAUGUCAAGAAAUGCGAAAAGACGAUGGUGUCUGGUGCAAUAGAAUGA